AUGUUGAACACUCGAAUCUCUUCGUCCCACACUGUCCACAACCUGCCACCACUCCAAAACCCCUUCGUCGGCGGUGCUAUCGCCGACAACCGCUCCUCCUCCUCCGCCGCCUACUCUCCCACCGCCUUCCGCCUACCAAACCACACCAAGAAAUCCAACACCGCACUCACUCGCUACAUUCCUGGUAACAUCAAUGCAAUAUCGAUUCCCAGCUUCAUUUCCAGUACCAAAACCACCACCGUUAAAGCUGUCAUCACCAUCCAACCAACCAUUACCGCCGCCAUCGGCAGCAUUAAUCUGGAUGUCAUCGGCAGCAUUUUCUACCAGGCUAUUGGGAGGGCGUUCGUUCUUGAGCUCGUAUCUACAGACCUUGAUGCAAAUGGAAAUCAGAAAACUGUGUCAGGGAAUGCUAGUUACGGUUUAUUCAGUUCUGUGGGUUCUGCGGGUUUACACGUUUACAACUGCGAUUUCAAAGUUCCCGAUGAUUUUGGAAAUAUCGGAGCUGUGGUGGUCGAAAACAAAUUGAGCAUCGGGGUCUUCUUCAAGACCAUAGCUCUUGAUAACAACAUCACCUUCACUUGUGAUUCUUGGGUUGCUUCUUCAUCUGAUAAGAGAAUCUUCUUCACCGACAAGUCAUACCUUCCUUCGGAUACGCCAAACGGUCUAAAGCCUCUACGAACGAAAGAUUUGGAAUCUCUAAGAGGCGACGGGAAAGGAGAGCGAAAACUUUCUGAGCGUAUUUAUGAUUACGAUGUAUACAAUGAUCUUGGAUCUCCAGACAGUAGCGCGGAUUUAGCUCGGCCGGUGCUAGGUGGUUCAGAGCAUCCUUAUCCUAGGCGUUGUCGUACCGGUCGAAAGAUGACUACUAAAGAUCCGUUAUCGGAAUCAAGAACGGUGCUCCCUUUUUAUGUGCCGAGAGAUGAAGAUUUUUCGGAGAUCAAAGACAUAAGCUUCGGAGCGAGGGCGUUGUACACCGUGCUGCAUGCAGUUGUACCCAUCCUAGACUCGGUGUUGACAGGCCCAAACAAGGGAUUUUCAUUAUUCACAGAUAUAAACUUGCUUUUCAAUGAAGGUAUUAAUGUUCCAAACUCAGACAACGGACUUCUAAGCUUUUUACCAAAUCUCAUCCACGAUGUUUCUUCUGCUGCGGAUACCAUCAUCAAGUUUGAGACCCCAGAAACCAUGGAGAGGGACACGUUUUCUUGGGCUCGCGAUGAGGAAUUUUGCCGAGAAAUGCUUGCUGGUAUCAAUCCCUAUAGAAUUGAAUUAGUCACGGAAUGGCCAUUGACGAGCAAACUGGACCCUGAAGUUUAUGGACCAGCAGAAUCAGCGAUCACCAAGGAGAUUGUUGAGGAACAAAUAGGAGGUCUCAUGAGUUUUGAGGAGGCAUUGGAGCAAAAGAAACUGUUCUUGUUGGAUUACAAUGAUCUGUUGUUGCCAUAUGUAAAUAAAGUUAGAGCGCUUAACAACACCACUCUCUAUGGUUCAAGGACUUUAAUGUUCCUUACUCCUGCCGGAACACUGCGACCGCUGGCCAUCGAGUUGACUCGCCCUCCAACGGAUGAUGGGAAACCACAGUGGAAGCAUGUCUACACACCCACUUGGGAAGCCACCGGUGACUGGCUUUGGAAGCUAGCCAAGGCUCAGGUCGUGUCUCAUGAUUCUUUCUAUCAUCAGCUCGUCAGCCAUUGGCUAAGAACUCACUGUGCUACCGAGCCAUACAUCAUAGCGACCAACAGGCAUCUUAGCCAAAUGCACCCAAUCAAGAGACUGUUAACCCCUUAUUUUCGCUUCACGAUGCAGAUCAAUGCUUUGGCUCGAUUAUUGCUCAUUAACGCAGAAGGCGUUAUCGAAUCUACAUUUGGUCCUGGUAAAUAUAAUGUGGAACUUUCCUCUGAAGCUUAUGAUCAACAAUGGCGCUUUGAUCAAGAGGCACUUCCAGCUAACCUAAUUAGCAGGGGCAUGGCUGUUGAAGAUCCAACUGCACCACAUGGUCUAAAGCUGGCAAUUGAAGACUAUCCAUUUGCAAACGAUGGUUUACUCAUUUGGGACGCCAUCAAAGAAUUUGCUACUUCUUAUGUCAACCAUUACUAUCCACAAGCUAAUCUUAUAGAAUCUGAUGAAGAGCUUCAAGCAUGGUGGACCGAUAUUCGAACCGUUGGCCAUGGAGACAAAAAAGACGAACCAUGGUGGCCACAACUCAAAACCCAAGACGACUUGAUUCAAAUUGUGUCAACUAUCAUGUGGGUACCUUCUGGUCAUCAUUCAGCUGUUAAUUUCGGUCAGUAUGAUUAUGCUGGUUAUUUCCCCAAUCGACCAUCUACUGCAAGAACUAAAAUGCCGAACGAAGACCCGACUCCAGAAGAGUGGGACGCCUUCAUAAAAAGGCCCGAAGAUGCACUUCUAAAUUGCUUCCCUUCCAAAAGUCAAGCAACCAAAGUUAUGUCGGUUUUGAACAUCUUAUCGAGUCAUUCUCUAGAUGAAGAGUACAUCGGUGGAAAUGCAGAGGCGUCAUGGGCCGCGGAGCCUGCUAUUAAGGCGGCAUUCGAUGUGUUUAAUGGGAGGUUUAAGGAGUUGGAAGGUAUCAUAGACUCGAGGAACGCUAACCCCGAGUUGAGGAACCGAAAUGGUGCCGGGUUGGUUCCAUACACGCUUCUGAAGCCUUAUUCUGGAUCUGGUGUCACUGGAAAGGGUGUUCCAAACAGCAUUUCUAUCUAGUACACCAUCACCAUCUACCUGUUUACUGUCUGUUUGAUUUCUGCCAUCUUUGUGGAGCUAAUAAGGCUUUUCGACAUCCUUGCUCCGGUGUUUUGAUCAUGCUUUUAUCUGUUGUAAUAAAAUAAUCUAUGGUUUAUUAUUGUGGGAU